ACACGCCGCGAGACACACGUCAUUUCGAAAAAACACAAAAAAAAACGCGAAAAAAACACAAAAAACACACACAAAAAGUGGCACCAACUCAAAAAAGAAGUGUAAAACAACUUUUGACAGUAAAAAGUAGCCAUUCAGAGUUGUGUACUGUCAACAAACACUGUUUUGGUGGAGUGUUAUGCCUGUGCAUUUUUAAAAGACCAGUGUUGUGUUCAGUGAAGUGAAAAGUCAACACAAGAUGGCGGUCGUGAAAUUGUUACUGUGUUUGACUUUCGUCCACAUGGCCCUAGCUAAAGGAUCAGAAGCGACGGUGGAAUGCACGCAAGAGGUGAUGAAGGUCACGGUGCCCAUGGAUGGAGACAGAAGGAUAUCCUACUUAGAUCAAUUUAAAGACUUCGAGCCAUGCCAGCCGACGCUGGAGAACAACGUGGCUACCUUCAUGCUCGACCUGCAAGCCGGGUACUACAAGUGCGGCCUGACGAGGGUCAUCAACAAAAUGACGAACAUGCGCACAUUCUACCACAAGGUGAUCAUAGAGGGAGCUAGCGGCGACCGCGAGACGGUGCUUGCUCGCUGCCUCGUCAACCCUAAAGGACGGCCGCUAGUCAAGAGGGACACCCAAGCCUUCCCGCUGGACUUCAACGAGCCUGAUGUUCUGAACAUCACCCGAAGUGAGACAGGUCAUGCACCAGAACCGAUGCUUUCCGCCAUUGUCAAGAAAAACGGAGUCCCGGUUCCCCGCAACGACUCAGUAAGCCCCGGCACCCACCUGACGAUGGAGAUCUUCUUGGACAACGAGUCGGCGCCGGUAUAUGGCCUGUUCGUCAACUACAUGUAUGCGACUAAUACGGACAACCAGCAAGAGACGAUUAUAUUGAAUGGCUGUUCCCUGGACGCGUCUCUCUUCAACAACUUCCAGACCACCGACGGAGACCUCCUGGUGGCCAAGUUCAGGGCCUUCAAGUUCCCUGACACCACCUACGUCAUGUUCAUUGGAACUGUCAACGUAUGCCUGGACAAAUGCCCUGGGGUGCAAUGCAGCAACGGCGCUGAAGGCUACGGCAGGAAGCGUCGGUCCAUCUACUCAGAGCCCAGCUCCAACAGAGUAUACGAAGUGUCUCUUACUACCUUCCUGAAGGUGGACUGGAAGGAGGGCGAGAAGGAAGCAGAGGACGUCCUAGCCCUCAUCAAGAACCUCAAAGCAGCCAACCAAAUGUUGGACGACAAAGAUGGUACCCCAGCAACAGUGGCCGAGCGAACCCAGGACAAUAAACUAGUGCUGCACUCCCAAGAACUAACGAGUAACAGCGUGGCGCUCACCUACAGCUGUUUAUUACUACUGAUUAGUGCGCUGCUAGCUUUUUAGAAUUUUAGGUAGAAUAGGAUAGCGUUGGGACUUGAACAUUGGUCUGCAUUUCUUCAAGGAAUUCUUGUA